UCUUGAUAAUCCUUAAAUUUGUCAAAUGCAUAGAAAAUAUUCUUUUAAGGAAUCACUUUUCAACUUAUUACUUGAUCAUUGGGAUUAGUACUUAUCCCUUUUCAUUCACGAUAAAAUAUAUUAUUGUACCUAUGUUGAGAGACAACUUUUAUAAUAUAUUCUGGAGGCAAUUUGUAUAAUUAUCGACCUUAUUGACUUAAAGACACAAGUAGUAUGCAACCUUAUUAUAUUGUUAUGUUCAUUGUAGAUUAAAAAAAAAAAAGAAAAAAAAGAAAGAAGACAAACUAAAGGUAAACAACAAUAAAAAUUUAAAAAUCGAUAAAACUACAUUGAAGAAACAAAAGUUUUACUCUGAAACCUGUGAUGAUAAGCAUUUGAAAAAAGACAAAACAGGGGAUUCUAAUUUAAUCAAAGAUGAAUUCACAAAAAGGAUUUCUAUUGCUAAUACUUCAGAAAGCAACAGUUUAUUUAAAAAGAAGAAGAAGAAAAAGAAGCAAGAUACAACAAUGGUACGAAAUGGUGAACAUUUUAAUAACAAUAUAGUUACAUUGCAAGUAGAGAAGUUUUGUAAUGAGACCUGUGACUACAAUGACAAUUAUUAUGAAGAUGAAUUGACAAGAAGCAUUCCUAUUGUUAAUGAUUCAGAAGGUGACACAUUAUUUAAAAGAAAGAAGAAGAAAAAAAAAGGAGAUAAAAAAAUGGUGAAAAAUUGUGAAAAUAUGAAUAACGAUAUAGUUACAUUGAAAGUAGAUAAGUUUUAUGAGACCUGUGAUGAUUAUGACAAGCAUUUGCAUAAAGACGAAACAAUGGAUUCUAAUCUCAACAAAGAUGAAUUGACUCGAAGAAUUCCUAUGUCUAAUGCUUCAGAAGGUGACUCUUUGUAAGUACCUAUCAAUAAAAGUCCAGAUUGAUUUGUAUGAUCAUAUUUUUAUUUAUUGUACAUUUAAUAAUAAGUUACUAAAAUAAUUUUAUGCAUUACUUACAUUAAUAAUAUUUUUUUUUUUACUGGUUCUUGAGCCUCUAAUUUCGUUUUAAUGAAUAAAUAAUUAGUCAAAAAAGCUUAUUUUAAUAUAUUUGUAUGUAUUCUCAGAUUUUAAUUUCGUGAUUGCUCUUGUGUAUUCUUAAAUUAAUACUUAUCAAAUGUGACUUACUACCAAACUUGUGUAGCAAAAUAUUUAUACGUAAUACCAAUUGAUGACAAUAUCGUUUUAAUGUUUUUGGUGUACUUUACAUAUGUAUACGUUAUAACUUAUAACUGUAGAUACUUUCAAUGCUCACAAAAUUUCAGUAUGACUUACCAUACAUAAUAAAAUGUUUGAUAUUUUUUGGCUAUUAUAGCUAUAAGAAAUUUUCUAUUUUAUUCUAGUUUUUUUAAAAUAUUGAAAACUUUAAUAACAACUUUAACAAAAAAACUUUAAAUUUUAAUUCAAGGUUUCAAAUUGAACACAUCUAUUAUAAUGACACACUCGACAACUGCUGUACAGCAAAGCAGUACCUAAUUGUUCACCCUUAUUUAUUUAUGAUAUUGUAUUUUAUUGUUAUGUUAAUUGUAGAUUUAAAAAAAAAAAGAAGAAAAAGAAUAGAGAUAAAAAAAUGGU